AUAAAUGGCUCUUUUAAGCUGGGAGCUGCUCGUGUUCUGUCUGGCUGGCAGAUGCAGUGCCUAGUCCCCGGCCUCCAGGACAACGCCAACAUGAACGGGACGUCCGAGCAGGCCGACAUCCUGCCGCCAAACUGCAUGGUCAAAGACCGAUGGAAAGUGCUGAAGAAGAUCGGUGGAGGUGGGUUCGGGGAGAUCUACGAGGCCCUGGACCUGCUGACGCGGGAGAACGUGGCGCUGAAGGUGGAGUCGGCCCAGCAGCCCAAACAGGUGCUGAAGAUGGAGGUGGCGGUGCUGAAGAAGCUGCAGGGAAAAAAUCACGUCUGUAAGUUCAUCGGCUGUGGGAGAAAUGACAAAUUCAACUACGUGGUGAUGCAGCUGCAGGGGCGUAACCUGGCCGACCUGCGGAGGAGUCAGCCCAGAGGAACCUUCACCAUGAGCACCACGCUGCGGCUCGGGAAGCAGAUCCUGGAGUCCAUCGAGGCCAUCCACUCAGUGGGCUUCCUGCACCGCGACAUCAAACCG